AUGGCGGAGGCCUCUGGGCUUGGGCCGUGCGAGCUGGGCGGCGACUUCACCUUCGAGCGCAAGCACGGUGGCCAGCGAUCCUGGACGGACGACGAUGGUCUCGGCGGCUCGGCGUUUGGUGAUGGCCACCACCGCGAUCGAGGCGACGACGAUCUUCUCUGGGCCGCCCUGGAGAAGCUCCCAACUUAUCGCCGGCUUCGCACGACUCUCCUGGAAGAACUCGAGGCUGGAGAUCAAGAUCAAGGAUCGACCAAGCACGUCAUGGACGUGAGCAGCUUGACCCGGAUGGAGAGGCAGAGGAUCAUCGAGAGAGCCUUCGCCACCACGGACCAAGACAACGAAACGCUGGUGGCGAGGCUGCGAGAGAGAAUCCAGGCGGUGGGAGUGCAAAUCCCGCGAGUGGAGGUCCGCUUCCAGAACCUCCGCGUCUCCGCCGACGCCUACGUCGGAUCCAGAGCCCUCCCAACGCUCGUUAACUUCGUGAGGAACAUCACCGAGGGCCUCCUAGCAGCGUCCGGGGUCCUGGCCUCGAAAAAACGCGAGAUCCACAUCCUGAAAGACGUGAGCGGGGUGGUGAAGCCGGGAAGGACGAUGCUGCUGCUGGGGCCUCCCGGAUCCGGCAAGUCGACGCUCCUGCGAGCUCUUGCCGGGAAGCUGGAUCAAAGCCUCAAGACCACCGGAGCCGUCACUUACAAUGGCCACACCUUGGACGAGUUCGAAGCUCGGAGAACUUCCUCGUACAUUAGCCAGGAGGACGAUCACAUCGGCGAGCUUACGGUCCGCGAGACGCUCGACUUUGCUGCUCGCUGCCAGGGAGUUGGAUUCACGAUAGAUCUACUGAUGGAGCUGCUGCGGCGGGAGAAGCGCGAGAACAUCCGGCCGGAUCCAUGCAUCGACGCGUUCAUGAAGCUGGCGGCGGUGGAGGGCGCGCGGCACAGCGUCCGGACGAACUACGUGAUGAAAGUCCUGGGCCUGGAGAUCUGCGCGGACACGGUGGUGGGGAGCGACAUGCUGCGCGGCGUCUCGGGCGGGCAGAAGAAGCGCGUCACCACCGGGGAGAUGAUCGUCGGGCCCAAGAAGACGCUCUUCAUGGACGAGAUCUCCACGGGGCUGGACAGCUCCACCACCUUUCAGAUCGUCAGGUGCGUCCGCAACUUCGCGCACUCGCUCGAGGGGACGGUGCUCAUGGCGCUGCUUCAGCCACCUCCGGAAACAUUCGAGCUCUUCGACGACGUCCUGCUCCUCGCCGAGGGUCACAUCGUCUACCUCGGCCCCCGCGAGCACAUCCUCGACUUCUUCGCGAGCUUGGGCUUCCAGCUCCCGCCCCGCAAGGCCAUCGCGGACUUCCUCCAGGAGGUGACGUCCCGGAAGGAUCAGCAGCAGUACUGGGCGGACGAGACACGGCCUUACAGCUACGUCCCGGUCGCCACCAUCGCCAGGGCAUUCAAAGGCUACGAAGUUGGCAAAGACCUCGGACUCCACCUCGGGUCCCCGUUCGAGAAGGAGUCCGGCCACCCCGCCGCGCUCACGACGACCAAGUAUGGAAUCCCGCGCUGGGAGAUGUUCAAGGCGUGCACCGAGCGCGAGUGGCUUCUCAUCAAGCGCAACCGGUUCCUCUACACUUUCCGGACUGCGCAGGUCGCGUUCAUGGCGUUCGUGGCCGGGACCUUGUUCUUGCGGACGAGGAUCCAUCCGGACAGUGAGAGCGAUGGAAAUCUCUACCUCGCCACGCUCUUCUACGCGCUGGUCCACAUGAUGUUCAAUGGUUUCUCGGAGAUGGCGAUCACGGUUCAUCGGCUGCCAGUGUUCUACAAGCAGCGGGACAACCUCUUCUUUCCCGGCUGGGCGUUUUCGCUCCCAAGCUGGCUGCUCCGGAUACCAUACUCGGUGAUCGAGGGAGUGAUAUGGUCGUGUAUUGUCUACUACACGGUCGGAUUGGAUCCACAGCCGCAGAGGUUCUUCCGGUAUAUGUUCUUGCUGGUUCUCAUGCACCAGAUGGCUCUCGCGAUGUUUCGCUUCAUCGGUGCCGUGGGGAGGAACAUGAUCGUCGCCAACACGUUUGGAUCAUUUGGGAUUCUUAUUGUUUUCCUCCUCGGGGGCUUCGUGAUCGAUAGAACUCACAUACCAGGGUGGUGGAUCUGGGCUUAUUGGCUCUCGCCGCUCUCGUACGCCGAGAACGCGCUGGCCGUGAACGAGUUUGGAGCUUCGCGGUGGGAUAAGUCCGUGCAUGGUGACGACGGAAAGCUCUACGUGAAGAUCUUGAAGCCGAGGGGCCUCUUUGUGGAGAGUUACUGGUAUUGGAUCGGGAUUGCGGUGCUGGUCGGGUAUAUAGUUUUGCUCCAGCUGCUGGGAACGCUCGCUCUCUCGUAUCUCAAUCCUCUCCGGAAGCCUCAGGCCGUGGUCUCGGAGGAAAGUUUGCGAGAGAUGGCGGACAAUGACGCGGAAGUUCGUGAGAGUCCAGUAGCGAUCGAGGUUUUGCCAGUAUCGAAUGGAGGAGGAGGAGUGACGAAAGGGAUGAUCCUGCCGUUCCAGCCGCUGGCACUAACUUUCCAGAAGGUUUGCUACUUCGUGGACGUUCCGGCCGAGAUGAGAGCCCAGGGAGUGACCGAGGACAGGCUCCAGCUUCUCCGGGACGUGAGCGGAGCUUUCAGGCCGGGGGUUCUUACAGCGCUCGUCGGCGUGAGUGGAGCCGGCAAGACGACUCUCAUGGACGUUCUUGCGGGAAGGAAAACCGGGGGAUACAUCCAGGGCGACGUGAGGGUCUCCGGGUUUCCAAAGCUCCAGAAAACUUUCGCGAGGAUCUCCGGCUACGUGGAACAAACGGACAUACAUUCCCCACAGGUGACCGUCUACGAAUCGCUCGUUUACUCCGCGUGGCUGCGACUCCCGGCCGAGGUGGACGCCGCCACCCGCUAUUCGUUCGUGGAGAAAGUCAUGGAGCUGGUUGAGCUUGGCAACUUGAGAAACGCCCUCCUGGGACUUCCAGGGACGUCGGGGCUGUCCACCGAGCAACGCAAGAGGCUGACCAUCGCCGUGGAGCUCGUUGCCAACCCCUCGAUUAUCUUCUUGGACGAGCCAACGUCGGGUCUGGACGCUCGAGCAGCUGCGAUCGUGAUGAGAACCGUGAGAAACACGGUGGACACCGGAAGAACAGUGGUUUGCACCAUCCACCAGCCGAGCAUCGAUAUCUUCGAGUCGUUCGACGAGCUCCUGCUGAUGACUCGCGGGGGCCGAGCCAUCUACGUCGGCCCGCUGGGACUCCACUCCAAAACCAUGAUCGACUACUUCCAGUCUAUUCCAGGAGUUCCUCCGCUGCGAGAAGGCUACAAUCCAGCGACCUGGAUGCUCGAAGUCACGAGCCCCUCGGCGGAGCUCCGGCUAGGCCAAGCCUUCGCGGACAUCUUCCAGAACUCCAUGCAGUACCAAAACAACGAGAAGUUGAUCGAGUCACUGAGCUCUCCAGCUCCAGGAUCCAAGGAUCUCGAGUUCCCGACCAAGUACUCCCUGGACUUUUGGAGCCAGUGCCGGGCUUGCCUGUGGAAGCAGCACUUGACGUACUGGAGGAACCCAUACUACAACGUUGUCCGGCUCUUCUUCACGCUCGUCUGCGCGCUCAUCUUCGGCUCAAUCUUCUGGGGCGUGGGGAGGCACCGUGAGACGCAGCAGGACGUUUUCAACGCCAUGGGAGUCUUGUUCGCGGCGGUGGUGUUCCUGGGAGUAAACAACGCGUCCAGCGUCCAGCCGGUGGUGUCCGUGGAGAGGACCGUGUUCUACAGGGAGAGGGCAGCGGGGAUGUACUCGCCGCUGCCUUACGCAUUCGCGCAGGGGGCGAUCGAGCUCCCAUACAUCUUCGUCCAGACGCUCCUCUACGGCGUGGUCACGUACGGCAUGGUCCAGUUUGAGCUCUUGCUCGUCAAGUUCCUGUGGUAUCUCUUCUUCAUGUUCGUCACCUUGGCGUACUUCACGUUAUACGGGAUGAUGGCAGUGGGGCUUACACCAUCACAGCAGCUGGCCUCGGUGGUUUCCUCGGCCUUCUACUCGCUCUGGAACUUGUUCUCUGGGUUCUUCAUACCCAAGAGGAGGAUCCCCGGGUGGUGGCUGUGGUUUUACUACUUGAACCCGGUCAGCUGGACGAUCUAUGGGCUGACGGUGUCGCAGCUCGGGGAUGUGGAGGACGAGAUUGGAGUUGGAGAUGGAUUGGAAACGAUGAGCGUCAAGGAGUUUCUGGAGCGAUACUUCGGGUUUGAGGAGGGAUUUGUGGGAGUUUGCGCGAUGGUGAUUUUGGGGUUUAUGCUGCUCUUCUGGCUCGUCUUUGCGUUCUCCAUCAAAUUCAUCAACUUCCAGAGGCGAUAG